AUGUACGGAGCCAACGACGAGCUGUCCCUAGCGGUCGAUGCGUUUCUUACAGAAGCCAUGGGUCGUAAACAGACACAAUCGCAGGGUCAAUCAGAUACCUCUCGAAGAGGUUCUGGUUCUGCAACCUCACAGCCGGCUCCUCAGAGUGACAAGUCGUUUGAAUGUACUCAUCCGGGCUGUAGCAAGAAGUUCACCCGCUCCGAACACCUACAGCGACAUGCUCUCAAUCACUUGCCGGGCGGCUCUUCAUGUGACAUAUGCCGUGCACACUUCAAACGGCCUGAUUUGCUGAGGCGACAUAUGGAAAGACAUCGCCAGAAGGAUCUAGAGGCUGGAGGAACCGGUUUCGGCGUUCUCGAUACACGCAAGAGAUCCUGGGAAGCACCCGACGGUACGGUCGUUGAAAAGCGACCGUGUCGAAACAGCAACACGAAAGCCAAGACUGCAAAGGGUUCGCGACAGAACUCUCAAGAAACACAACAAAUCCCAUCUCCAGAAUCAGACCAAGCAGAUAAUAUAAGGACCCAAUCCCCUGGGCUGAUCAAUUGGGGCCAUAGCGAAGGCCAGUCAGUGCAUGGAGUCAAUCUUCAUUCCUCGUCCGACUUGCACAUUGAAGACUCCAUCUUUGUUCACUCCGCGGGUGAACUUAUUACAGACGACCAGUUAGCCAGCUUGACCAACUCAACUGACCCAUUUGGCCACGGUGAAGGCAUAGGCGACUUCUCAUUCGACCAGCUUGACCCUCUACUCCUCAACGAGUCGUUCGUGGAUAACACGGCACUUGAUUACACGCAAAACUUUCAGCCAGAUACCGCCAGCUCGUUUAACAUGCCCUAUACGACUGCGUUGGAUUACAACUGGCUGUUUAACAUGAACUUGAACCCAACAUCAACACCUCUUACAAAGGCAAACGAGCAGCAUAUACCACCCGCCCAAAUGCCGGAGCCCGUCCAGAUAUUAUCACCGGACUCUAUCAAUAGCACACGCCGUUGGUCUGAGUCGGUACAAUCUCACAACAGUGAUACGAGGCAAGAUGCACCUGAUCCACGAACCGCCGUCUUGAACCAUAUCAAGACAACUACAGAGAGCCUUGUCAGCUCUACAACUGAUUAUACAACGCCAACACAACAUAAAAGUGCCAAAUCAUUAAAGUCUCACGGCGCCCAUGAUCAACAGCACGUCGAGGAACCACAGUUCAACAGGCCAUUCUCGAUGCUUGACAAAGGUCAGGCGAUACCAAAGAUUGACGAAAGCGUACACAAACGAAUCCUUCAAGUCGUCGAGACUGCAAACCCAUCUUUACCUGAUUCUCGUCACUCCGUGUGGGAUGAGCCACUACUGUCCCGAGACUCCCUACAAACGUACCUAGAAUUGUUCUUCGUAAAAUUCAAUACUGCCUACCCACUCAUGCACCUUGCAACCUUUGAUGUGGCCAGAAUGGAGCCUUUGCUUCUCAUCUCCGUUCUCCUUCUUGGCGCAACAUACUCUUCCAAAGACGCCCAUCAGCUGGCUGUGUGCAUCCACGAUGUUAUACGGCCUAGCAUCUUUUCUCAUGCCAGUUUUUCAGCUCGUGCAGAACUUUGGACUCUGCAGACUAUCCUUCUAGUGGAAUGCUUUGGAAAGUCUCGAGCGGGACAGAAGCAGCACGACAUGAGCCAUCUCUUUCAUGGGCUUCUUAUAAAUCUUAUUCGCAGAUCCGACUGCCAGUCGGUCCGCCCUCAAGGGCCGCCUGUUGACUCCGCCGAUGCAAGAGAGGGUGUAGUUCGAGAGGCUUGGAGACGAUGGGCCAUUGCAGAACAAAAGAAACGUCUCGCACUUCUGUGCUUCAUGUGGGAUACACAGCAUGCAGUUCUGUUCUGCCAGAGCCUGUGCAUGUCUGCAUUUGAGCUUCGCCUUGAACUGCCAUGUAGCCAAAGAAUAUGGGAAGCUUCAGAUCCAACAUCGUGGGCAAUGGCAUGGCGCUCAUCAGCCUGCGGUUCCCAGCAAAACUUCUACCUUCCCAGCCUCAAAUCAUACCUCGGGCCAUCAGUGCCGCGUCCAAAAGCAUUGACAGGACUGUCUCAUGUACUUAUGCUGCAUGGCUUGAUGUCCAUCGCUUGGGAUAUGCAGCGACGCGAUCAGACAUCGCUCGGAGUAGUGGAUGGUGAUGGACCCGGAUCCAACUGGCGGAAGCUCAUAGGGAACGCUUAUGACGCGUGGAAGAAGGAGUUUGAUGCUUACAUAACCUCAAUUAUUUCUCGACUCCAGAAUACACCUGAGGAUCAGGCCAGAAGGAGCGAGUACGUAGCAUUUGCCACUGCAUACAAUGCUUUGUUUCACUCAGCACAAGCACUUCUUCAUAUGGAAUUUCUCGAUAUACAGAUUUACGCUGGUGCUCGCCAUAUCUUGGGCCGACCAGUCCAGCAGAAGGACUAUCGUCGCUCCGCAAAAGCGGUCAAACAGUGGGCUUCAGUGACAGAACGACCAGGCAAAAAUCAACCUUCAGACGCCGAACAUACUACGAGAAGCCACAAGAGGCCAGCAUGUGUGGCUGCAUGGCAUGCAUCACGGCUGCUUCAUGAAAACACGAAAGUGCUUACUCGGUCAGACGCAAUGCAGCUUUUCCACGUCCCCUGGUGUCUAUACCUUGCAACUCUUGCAUGCUGGGCAUUCUGCCACGGUCAGCCCAAUAGAGGAGGUAUGCUUGAUAUAGACGAUGAUGCUGAUGAUAGUGAUGACGAGAGUGAUGAGAUCAUCUGGAAUCCUCGAGGAGAAAUGCAUAAUCUCGUGUCAACAAUGGCCCAGAAUGGGCCUGAGGAUAUGGAUGUGAAGCCAGGUCAACAGCGACAGAUCGUGGGGCUCGUUUGGACUAUGGCUGAGACCCUGAGCAAGGUUCGGUGGGGGAUCUUGCAUGCUGGCGUUGUUGUGUUACGGGGGUUGAUACCGCAAAGACUCAUCAACCAGUAUGAUGAGCCUCAUGAUGAUGCUUUUUGA